AUGAAUAAUGAGUUCUUGAUUAUUGAAACAACAUUAUUUUGUACUUCUGUGAUUGCAUUAUUUAUUUUUAAGGAGUGGGAGGGCAAUCAAAAGAUUAUUAAAUUACUGUUUUCUUUGUCAAACAUUAGUAUAUUUUUUUUAGAAAUAAAGCAAAUAGGAGAUUCAAAUUGUAAUUAUAUAUUAUUGAAAGUUUAGAUGUUUUAUUAGCUAUAUCUGGUUUUCUUAUAAGUUUAUAUUAUUAUAAGAAGUUGAAGAAGUAGAAGAAUGAGAUCCCUUAGAUUUAGGUCAUAAAUACAUAGUUAUCAGAAAGAAAUAAUAGAGUUGAAUCAGAAAUAGAAUUGCCACAAUAAUUACCAGUGAUUCAUUCAAUUCAUGAAAGCAAUUCAAGUAUGAAUCAACAUUAGAAUCCACCAACAACUGAAAAUAAUAGACGUUAAAGUAAUCUUUCAGGAGAGAAAAACGAUUAUUAGAAUUCUAAAUAGGAAUAAGGAAUGAAUUAUUUGGGUGAUCAUAAAAGACCUUCAGUCUAAUAGAAAAGUAAUGGACCUGGGAUUGUAAUAACUCGUCAAUAGAGUGUAGCUUAGAUUUAACGUAAUAGAAAUUAACAAUUAUUUAAUUAUAGCUAACUUGAAUGUGAUUAAGUUUUAGGAUGACUUUGGAGAGAUUAAGUUUGGGAUACUUAAAACCCUUAAAUCAGUUGCAUAUGAUUAAUUAGGUAAGGAGGUAGAAUGUAUAUUUCAAACGGAUAGACCUUUUACAAAAUUAUUAUCUACAGUUGAAUAAACCAAUUAACCUAGAAUGUAAAUUUUGUAUGAGAGUUAAGUAAAUAAUUAAUAUGUUGAUGAUGCAUUAAGAGGAGCAAUUCAAUUAGAUGAUAUGGGAUAUAGUGGUGAUAAGAAAGUAGAGAAGAAAAUAACAUGGUAAAAAAUAAUAAAAGCUUUAAUUUUAAUAAUAAUUUUAAAUCUAAAUUUAGUUAUAAUUGAUAACUGGAAUUUGCAUUAAUUGAUAUUAUUUGUAAUAAUAUUGUGGAGAUAAAUAUUGCAAUAUAAAAUAUUGAUAGCAAAUUCAUUAGAAAUGAAAUGUGAAUCAAGAGAAAUUCUGAUUUGGAUUGUAUUAAUCACUUUUCCAAUGUUGACUGUGUUUUUUAUCAAUUUGAUAAUAAAUAGAAGUAUUGGGAUAUAAGUGUUAUAAGUUGCAAGUUGGGUUACGUUGAUAAUAUCUUCUAAGUAUAAUAAAAGUUGUGAGGAGUAAGUUUAUAUUAAUAAUAUUAGAUAUCUUUAUGUUUUUAUAUUGUAUGUAUUUUUAUUGACAAUAGUACUAUGUUUCAUUUGA